AUGCUAACCCAGAAAGUCGUUGAAGAAAAGACAGUUAGAGACGCAGAUAUGAGGGCUUUGGAGGGAGCAGUGAAGUGGCUAAGACCCCUUGUUGAGGGUGAAGGAUGGGACUACAUUGUGGUUUGGAAGUUGGGGGAUGAUCCUUCAAGGUUUAUUGAAUGGAUGGACUGUUGUUGUGGUGGUGGAAGUGGUGACCAUGUCAAUGUCACAGAGGAAAACUGUGUGGAGAAACAUCUGCUUCCUCUAUGCAGGGAUGGCUACAUUAAACAUCCCAUAAGAACUAAGGCUUGUGAAGCACUAGCCAGUUUGCCUUCUUCCAUUCCCGUGUAUUCUGGGAUUCAUAGCGAAGUAGUCAUAUCAACCCAACCAAGGUGGCUUAGUCAUGCCAAGACCUCCAAUCCAAAUCAUUCCCAGGACUCAAUUGGAACCCAAGUUCUGAUUCCAGUUGGAGGUGGGCUUAUUGAGCUCUUCAGUUCAAAGAUGGUACCUGUAAAUCACAAUUUCACAGACUUCAUCGCAACCCAAUACAAAACUAAUGACAACAUCUAUGCCUUUCUGGAUGAAUUUUAUAACAUUCUGCAAGAUGUUGGGUUUGCCAAUCAUCCGGUUAGGACAGAAAAUUUGAAGUUACAGAUGGAUGAAGCAUCAAUUCUGGGAGGCGCAAUAGAGUAUAUACAGGAAUUGCAGAAUGAUGUCAAUACACUUCAAGAUGAGCUCAGGGAGGCACCUGAAAGCACUCAAAUUCCUCCUGCUGCUAAGGACAAUCCAAGUUCAUCCACUCUUGGUGCAAAUAAACAACUGGAGGUAUCAUCAACAGUGGAAGUAAGCCAGAUUGGUGCAAGAUCUUUCCUUCUUAAGAUCAUUAACAAGCACAAGCGUGGAGGGUUUGCAAUGUUGAUGGAAGCUUUGAAGUUGUUGGAACUUCAAGUAAUCGAUGCCAAUGUUGCAACAUAUAAUGGCAUGGUGUCCAAUGUUCUCACGAUAGAGGCUAACGGAGCGGAAGUUCAGCCAGAUGCUUUAUUGACUCUGGUCACUAAAUGCCUACACAUUGAGGAAACUGAUGGGGUACUUCAACUCAAGAAUGCUCCAUGACUGGCUUUAUUACCCUCUUGUUUUUUUCUUUUG